UCCUCAGAUGACGCAUUUUCCGCCAAGAUGGUUGUCGGUGCCUUUCCAAUUGCAAAGCUGCUCUAUCUGGGCGUAAGACAAUUGAGCAAACCAGUGGCUAACAGGAUAAAAGCAGGCGCGCGGCGAAGUGAAUUCUUUAAGAAUUAUAUCUGCCUUCCUCCGGCUCAAGCAUAUCACUGGAUCGAGAUGAGAACAAAGAUGAGAAUUAUGGGUUUCCGUGGCUCCACCAUCAAUCCUCUGAAUGAAGAGGCAGCUGCGGAGCUCGGAGCAGAGCUGCUCGGUGAGGCUAUCAUUUUCAUCAUCGGCGGAGGUUGCAUGGUGCUUGAGUACAGCCGUCAGGCCGCCAACUCCAGGCGCAAGGAAGAGGAGCUCGCACAAACCAUUAACAGUCUUCAGACACAACUAGGAGAGCUUGCACUAGCCACAGAGACACUGGAUGCCCAGAUCAGAGAGGUUAAUAGACUUCUGUUGUCCCUCCCAGCGGCUCCAACUACCAAGUAACAAUAUGCAUCACUAAAAUACGCCCUUUCUAAUAAGGGCAAAGAGACUGAUUUAUGAGAACAUAUCAGUAGUGGUGCAGCACUGCCAUAUAUACACACACAAA